UGGCUGCUUGUCAGGAAGAAAGAGCUGCUGUGUUGAGGCCGAGUUUCCAGACACAAGCUGGAGCAGGGCGACAGCAAAGUGCCCCUGUGGAGACCCUAUCCACUCACACUGCACACUCGCGGGGCUUUUUUAAGCAGCUGAGCGGCAGCGGAGAACCGACACAGUCUCUGGAGCUCCUGCUGCUGAGGCCGCCGCGGACCCGUUACUCUCCCCCAGGCUGCGUGUCGCUGUGCCCGCUGCUGUUGCUGCUGGUCGCAGUAUAAUACUGAGCCGCCGCUAUUAUCGACACAGAGACGUGAAGAAGGCAGCCGUGUAGCGACGCAACAACAGGCAUAAAAGAGACUGAAGUGCUCCAUUAGGCCGGAGGGACCACGUCAACGGCCCGGGUUGCUGCUGCUUCUACCGGCAGCCGGUGCUUAUAAGUGCGGAGGCUGAUAAACAAGCAGACAGAGCUUCAACUACACUGAACAAGUGAGCGACUGAGCUCCGGCUCGUUUUAAUGCGCAAGAGGAGCUGUUAUGACCGAGCCAGAGACACCGUGCUCCGUGUGAAGGGAACCAGCACCUCAUGAGAGCGGAUUUAUUUGACUGAAAGCAGCGGUUUUUCAAGCCUGUCUCGCGGCAUCAGUGCCAUGAAUCAGCCUGGACAACAGCUGCUGCCCACAUAGAGGUCACUUCGCCUCUCUUUCUGUUCGCGUCAGUCCGGAGGAUGCUGGUAAUGUGUCGCGGGCGCAGGAAGUUCCUGGUGGCCUCCCUUGCGCUGGUCUUCAUCCCAACACUCACUUGGCUGUACCUGUCAGUUGGUAGCUUUCAAGUGAAGCCCCUCCCCCUGUCUCCACUGGAAGUCCAGCCCUCAACGGUGGUGGGCGGAGCAGGUGAGCGGCAGGCCUUGGAGCUGCGGGUGCGCGCCGUGGAGGAGGAGAACCGGGCUCUGCGCCGGGAGCUCAGCCAGCCGCCCAGGAGUCCGCCGGCACGCCUCCCGUACGGCGGUCAUCGUGGCAACCAGAGCCGAGCCCAUUCAGAGGAGGGCACUGGUGAUAAUGAGGUCCAGAAAGCAGCUGCGGGGGGAAACGGCUCAGACUGUGUGCAGCAGCCAGUUGUGGAUAAAUGCGAGACCAUCCACGUGGCCAUCGUAUGUGCGGGUUACAACGCAAGUCGAGACGUGGUGACACUGGUGAAAUCCGUCCUUUUCCACAGGCGGAACCCGCUACAUUUCCAUUUCAUCACAGACUCCAUAGCUCAGCAGAUCCUGUCCUCUCUGUUCCACACCUGGAUGGUUCCUGCCGUCAGGGUUGAUUUUUACGACGCAGAUGAGCUGAAGAGUGAGGUGUCAUGGAUCCCAAACAAACAUUACUCCGGGAUCUACGGUCUGAUGAAGCUGGUGCUCACCAAGACUCUGCCAUCUGAUCUGCAGAGAGUCAUUGUUCUGGACACAGAUAUUACCUUCGCCACGGACAUCGCUGAGCUGUGGGCCGUCUUCCACAAGUUUAAAGGUCAGCAGGUCCUGGGUCUGGUGGAGAACCAGAGUGACUGGUACCUUGGGAACCUCUGGAAGAACCAUCGACCCUGGCCAGCUCUGGGCAGAGGCUUCAACACUGGGGUGAUUUUGCUUCUCCUGGAUCGGCUUCGGAAGCUCAGAUGGGAGCAGAUGUGGAGGUUGACGGCGGAGAGGGAACUCAUGAGCAUGCUAUCCACCUCACUUGCAGACCAGGACAUCUUCAAUGCCGUGAUCAAACAGAACCCUUUCCUGGUUCACCAGCUGCCAUGCUUCUGGAACGUCCAGCUGUCCGAUCACACGCGCUCGGAGAAGUGCUACAAAGAUGUGUCAGACCUCAAGGUGAUCCACUGGAACUCUCCCAAGAAGCUGCGAGUGAAGAACAAGCAUGUCGAGUUCUUCCGCAACCUCUACCUAACCUUCCUGGAGUAUGACGGCAACCUGCUACGGCGAGAGCUGUUCGGCUGUCCCAGCGAGGCUGACCACAACAGUGAGAACCUCCAGAAGACUCUGUCAGAGCUGGACGAAGACGACCCCUGCUACGAGUUUCGCCGAGAGCGGUUCACCGUCCACAGGACUCACCUCUACUUCCUCCACUACGAGUAUGAACCCAGCUCCGACAACACCGAUGUCACUCUGGUCGCCCAGCUCUCCAUGGAUAGACUCCAGAUGUUGGAGGCCAUCUGUAAACACUGGGAGGGCCCCAUCAGUCUGGCUCUGUACCUGUCUGAUGCCGAGGCCCAGCAGUUCCUACGCUACGCUCAGGGCUCUGAGGUGCUGAUGAGCCGCGGGAAUGUUGGCUAUCACAUCGUCUACAAAGAGGGGCAGUUCUAUCCGGUCAACCUGCUGCGUAAUGUGGCCAUGCGGCAGGUCAACACGCCCUAUAUGUUCCUGUCAGACAUCGACUUCUUACCGAUGUAUGGCCUCUAUGAGUAUCUCAGGAAGUCAGUGGUGCAGCUCGACAUGGGCAACACAAAGAAAGCUCUGGUGGUUCCAGCCUUUGAGACGCUGCGAUAUCGCCUGUCCUACCCAAAAUCUAAGGCUGAGCUGCUCUCUCAGCUUGACAUGGGUACACUCUUCACCUUCAGGUAUCAUGUGUGGACCAAAGGCCACGCACCCACUAACUUUGCCAAAUGGCGGACUGCAACUACGCCCUACAGGGUGCAGUGGGAGGCAGACUUUGAGCCCUACGUGAUGGUGAGGAGGGACAGUCCCGAGUACGACCGCCGCUUUGUAGGCUUCGGCUGGAACAAGGUGGCUCACAUCAUGGAGUUGGAUGCACAGGAGUACGAGUUUGUGGUCCUGCCCAACGCCUACAUGAUCCACAUGCCACACGCGCCCAGCUUCGACAUCACCAAAUUCCGCUCCAACAAGCAGUACCGCGUCUGCCUCAAGACACUGAAGGAGGAGUUCCAGCAGAACAUGUCGCGGCGCUACGGCUUCGCCGCGCUCAAGUACAUGACGGCAGAGAACAACAGCUAGCCACCACUACAGACCCUCUUCUCCCCCCCCAUGUGGCACGGUGCUGAACUGCUGAAGACACGCCACGGUGCAGGGGGCGGGUUGGGGGUUGUGGGGGGUAGUUGGGGUUUGAUGGGGAAUGUGAGGAUGUGAACGGACCCUCAGUGUGGGACUGAAAGGAUCAGUUGGGUCCUGGACACACUGACACUGAGCUCCAGCUGUGGAGCGUGUGAGAAAACAAGCAAAGGAAAGGAGACUUUUAAUGCCUUGACUUAUUUGUAAGAGCAGUGACAAUUGUUGUGGGCCACGUGUUACAUUGUGUGUGUGUGUGUGUGUGUGCGUGCGUGCGUGUGUGUGUGUGUGUGUCUUCAGGGUGGUGUGCUUGGCUGACAGCCUGAAGAGAGAGAGAGAGCGAGAGAGCCAAGGACGCAAGGCGUUUGUGAGAUUAACAUUCAGUUUGCACGCCGCACAGACAGAGAAACGCCUUCCAAGUGCCACAAAGUAAGAAAGCGCCGCUGCAGUCUGACUGACAGCGAGCUGCCGACUCAAACGCAAAGCCGCGAGAUAAGACAGAACCCCGGUAAACACAUCCAAGUCCCCCCCCAUUUGAAAACCUCUGCGACGACUGUGGCGUUCACUCGGAUAAUAAGCAGAGCAGCCGCUCGUCGCCGACCAUCUGCUGUCGCCUCAUUUGUGUCGUAGCUGAUACAGAACAGAGAGAAAUCCUCCUCCUUUUGUCACAAGAGAAGCUGAGUGUGAGGGCGGCUGGAGGGUUUCCAGGCCGGUUGAUAUUCAGGGUGUUUCCUCGUUAGCCUGAGCGUGAGGCUAGUGAGUGUUUUGUCAUGAUUAACAGAGUCUGACAGCAGCUUGUGCAGUGGGCCUCUUCUUUUUUUUUGUUGUCUUUCUUCUGUAGUUUAAAUUGAUGCGCACACGCACACACACACAUAUGCUGUAUGUCAGUUUGUGCAGCUACCACCCCAUCACUGAGCUCACUGUUUACCUUUCUCCCCAGUGAUGAGAACGGUGUGUUUACAGUCGUCCAGUGUGAAGCAGAGACUCUCAGUGUCAGGAGGAAAUGAGUGGGGACAGGAAAUCCACAGGAGACCCACUGUCACUCUCUCUCUCUCUCUUUCUCUCCGUCUGCCUCUUUUUCUUUUUUUUCCACCGGCCUCUGGUUUGAAGCUGUCAUGACACACGCGACAGUGUCAAAAUGACAUGACACUAAAAGUGGGAAAAAGGUCUGGAAUGUAAGUGUGAGAACAUUACAGUAAACACUGUUAUUAUCGGCGUGUUUUUCACAGGUGACUUGUUUUUCAUUUCUGAAACAACAUAUCAGAACGUGAAGUGUUUUCAUCCGACAGGUAUUUCAUAAAAAAUUAUAAUAAAAACUUCAAAAAAAAAAAAAGUGAUACAUUGGACUUGAAAUUAAAAGUCCAGCUAAGAUGGACAGGAGACAUGCAGCCUGUCCCUUAGAAAAUAUUCCGAUAUUCCCGACACACACACACACACACACACACACACAAAUUUGACCAAAAAAAAUUAUUAUUACUGUUACUGAUGAGUCAUCACUGCUCUGCUUCAACAGGUGAGUCAGCAGAUUUCUUCAUCACUUUUAUCACCUAUGGUUUAGAACCAUAGCUCGGGUUUUAGCUCGAUUCCAUUAUUUUCACAACAAAACAACAUCACGUCACCGGCGUGUCGCAGCUCCCUCUGCUGGAUCACGCGGUAGUUACUUUAGACAGUCUGAUGAGCUUCAUGGCAGAAUGUUUUAAAAUCCAAUAUGCGUUUUAAGAUUUUGGAUUUGGAAUUUCAAACACAUUCCUGACGUUUGGAUAAAAAGUGACAGCCCUAGUGAAGAGUGAGUGAGAUUGUGGCGGCGGUUGUUGUGUUUUUUUUCCACUUUCAUCCACAGGAAACAGAAUCGUUAAGAGGCUCCUGAGAGAAAACAGAGGAGGACAGAGAAGGAGGCGGUGACGCUAACUAGCAUGUUAGCUCCCCCACCAGUCAAUCAAAUAUAAAGUGGCUACAGUAAGAACGUGUGUGGAGAUAUGAUAAGACGGUACAACCACACACAUGAUUGCUUUUUAAUUAAACACAGAUUUACGCUACAUCACCACUGCUUUCUAACACACACACACACACUGUUGUCACAGUCGAGGCUUCUCUCCCUCUCCUCCUCUUUUCCCCUCUCUCUCUCUCUCUCUCUCUCUCUGUAAAGGAAGGCUGCAGAAGUGCUCAGUCGCAGUCACACAGAUGAGUGUUUAAAACAAAUACACUGUUUUUUUUCCGAUUGUUAAUGUCUGUUCAGUUUGCAAGUGUGUGUGCCUGUGUGUGUGUGUGCGCGUGUGUCAGUGCUGACUGAUGCUGCUACCUGAAUAAAAAGCAAACACUACUGUUA